UAGCCUGAACAGCUGGUACUUAAGAGCUGCUGCACAUGGUGGUGACGGGUGAGUUGCCGUGCAGCAAGGAGGAAGCCGCGGCACUCGCUGGGAUCCAACUUAGGAUUGAGGAGACCUGGGGUCGCCCACAUGGUCCUAUAUCUCCAGACGACAACACUCUCAAGCCUAUCUCCGAGGACAAGGCUACAUGGGGUUUUUCCUGGUCGGAGGAAAGGCUGGUAAAUUAUGGUGAGUUAAACUCUCACUGGGCACCGGGGAUGCAGAACGAACUAAAUGAAACGUUCCUCGAAUUUAGAUCUUGCUUAAAAAAAACUAUUUAG